GAAAAUUUCAAUUGGUGUAUCCUACAACAUACAACUAUUACGAAGAAGCAAAUGAAUAUGGAGAACUCUCAUUCCAUUUCACACUUUCAGUUCCUGAGGGGGAAGAAAAAGCAAUCUAUCAUGUACAAUCUCUUGCAGGAUGUGAAGGAAAACCCCACAUAA